AUGAAGCAGAGUCCAGGCACCACACCAAGUCAAAUGUCUUUGGGAAAUCCAGGAUCUGUGACACCCCAGCCUCAACAGCAGUCCCAGGCUUCUCCUCCGCCUCCUCCACACUCAUCAGAGAUCCCAACUUCCCAGCAUGGACAAGGAGGUCAUCAACAGCAGCAACAACAACAUAAUAAUAACAACAGUGUCCCUAAUGGACAUCAUCAUUCCAUGAUGCCCCCACAGUCCUCAUCCGUCAGUCCUCAACCUGAAAUGAAAUGGUCGGAAAUAAAUAACAUGAACCCAUCGUCGGCGGGCAAUGCUUACAUGUCGGGCAUGCCUCCGAUGUCUGCUAUGGCACCUCACCAUUAUUCUUGGUACUCUCAGCCACACCAGCAGUCUCUUCUAACUUAA